UGCUUUUAAACUCAUCUGCUGGGUGAUCCUUUAAAAAAUUUCUCCAACAAGCCUUGGGGUUUAUUUUUUUCUUUUCUUCUGCGCGGCUAAAUAGAAGUUGACUUUGUUUCCUCCCUUUUUCUUAGCCUCGUACACUUUACAGUAUAUAAAGAAGUCAUGAAGUAGUCAAGGUUUUCAUACAUUUUUUUUUAUUUUUUUUUCUCUGAAAAAAAAAAAAGCCGCAGAUCUCAUGCAAAGAACGGAGGAAGGGACAACACGCGCGCUGCUCUGAUGCGUCUGUGCAAUAGACUCUACAGCAAAGGAAAAUUGUGAGUUUAAAAGAGAAAAAAAGGGUACUGCAAACCGAACGCUCUUUUUUCUUGGUUCAAAAAAAUUAAAUAAAUAAAUCAAGCUGGCUCACACUCUUUCAAACCAGAACAGUUUGACAGCUGCUCUUCACCCCCUUUGGAGGACUGUCAACAGCAAAAGGAUGGCAUCAGAACUGGCAAUGAGCAACUCCGACCUGCCCACUAGUCCCCUGGCCAUGGAAUAUGUUAAUGACUUCGAUCUGAUGAAGUUUGAAGUGAAAAAGGAGCCGGUGGAGCCCGAUCGCAGCAUCAGCCAGUGCAGCCGCCUGAUCGCCGGGGGAUCCCUGUCUUCCACCCCGAUGAGCACGCCUUGCAGCUCCGUACCCCCUUCCCCAAGCUUCUCGGCGCCCAGCCCGGGCUCUGGGAGCGACCAGAAGGCGCACUUGGAGGAUUUCUACUGGAUGACCGGCUACCAACAGCAGUUGAACCCGGAGGCUUUGGGCUUUAGCCCUGAAGACGCAGUAGAGGCUCUGAUCAACAGCAGUCACCAGCUUCAGAGCUUCGACGGCUAUGCUAGAGGGCAGCAGUUUGCCGGAGGAGCCGGAUCGGGAGGCACCAUGGCCGGGGAAGAGAUGGGAUCCGCCGCCGCUGUGGUGUCCGCAGUGAUCGCGGCGGCUGCAGCUCAGAGCGCGGCUCCUCAUCACCACCACCACCACCAUCACACCGGCGGACACCACCAAGCAUCCGGGGCGCCUUCCACCGGCAACUCAGGGGCGAACCACCAGCACCACAGCAUGCAUUUGGACGACCGGUUUUCGGACGAGCAGCUGGUUACCAUGUCGGUAAGAGAGCUCAACCGGCAGCUGCGGGGGGUCAGCAAAGAAGAAGUGAUCCGGCUGAAACAAAAGAGGAGAACCCUUAAAAACAGAGGCUAUGCCCAGUCGUGUCGUUACAAGAGGGUCCAGCAGAGGCACGUCCUGGAAGGCGAGAAGAAUCAACUCAUGCAGCAAGUUGAGCACCUCAAGCAAGAAAUCUCCAGGCUGGUCCGGGAGAGGGAUGCCUACAAGGAAAAAUACGAGAAGCUCAUCAGCAAUGGCUUCAGAGAAAACGGCUCCAGCAGCGACAACCCUUCUUCUCCAGAGUUUUUCAUGUCAUCAAGAAAAUUUCUACAUCUGUGAUAAAGAAAUUUGACCGAGUGCCCUUGGCCUUGAAGUUUGAGGUGAUUGCGGAAAUGCAACGCACCCUUGGCUUUUAACAUCUGUUUGCAAUCCAGUCACGGAGGAGAAAGGGCUUACUACAUGACACACCAGGCCACCAGGAAUGUGAUCAACAAGAUUUUUAUUUUUCAGUACUUCUUGGACAGUUGCGUAAUUUUCUUCAGUGUUAAAGUGAGGAGCGCUCUGCCUUGGUGUACUCAUCUUUGGUAAUGUCCCCUGCCUGUAGGGAUCUAGUUCCUCCGGUUAUACUGCUGUGUAUGGCUGUCGGAGUGUACACCGAGAUGCAGCCUGCUCGUUCUCUUGUACGAAACUGUAAUCCUUGCUAAUGGAUCCAUACUACUAUAUGUAGUCAUUUAAAAAGGUACGUGAAUUAUGAACUCCAAUUUUUUUUUCACACAGCACAUAUUUCACGGCCACAACUUGAAAUUCAUGUGAAACUGUAAUACAUAAGAACUGUUCCUUGAAUAUCUUUCUGGUAAAGCUCUCAGACAGCACUAAAUAUUAACUCUGGCACAGGCACUCCUUAUAACAAUCUCAACACCUCUGUGGUGCACCCCGCAACGUCAAACCUUGCAAGUCCCACUACAGCCAUAUCUGACUUAUCAAUAAAUGGAGAGCAAGAUAAGAGGCAAUAUGAAGUUGAUUAGCAGGCUGUGCAACAGCAACUCCAAGGUGACUUCUCAAAAGUGUUGGAGAUCCAUAUGAUGGGAAUAUUCUACUAACCAAUGAUGGUAAAAAAAAAAAAAAGAGUUCUUAACAUUUGCCAGUUCUUCUAUUACCUUCCCUGGACUGCAUAGUUGCUGGAUAAUAAAAGAAACUGUAACUGGAAGAGCCAUUUGGAUAAAACAAGACUGAUGAACUGAACAACACACAUGCAUAAACAAGAAUAAAUUACAGCAGGUUAAGAAAUGGUAUAAGGAUGUAAUUGAUUUUGCUAUGGAUUGCAUGCUCCUUUAUUAGCUCAACUUGGAUGUAAAUGAAAUUCAUUUUGUAGUUGUAUAUAUGUGUGGAAAAAAGUCUUUUACUUUUUACGAUAGAGAAACAGUCUGAAAUAUAAAUCAGUUAUUAUGUUGUCAUAUAGACAGUAGCAAUGAUGCAAAUAAUUCAUUAGUCUAUAAAUUAAGAACAUAAAUGUAGUGUGAUUUGCAAUCUGCUACUAUAAAGAAUACAUAAAUAAUGAUAAACAAAGGUAUGUUUGGAAAAAAAACUGUUAAAUUUACUAGGUAGCAUCAAAUUGGCUCUUUAAUUAAAAUAUUGGUUAAAUGGAUUCCUCUUUUUAUUUUGCAAUAAUAACUAUGAAUUUAAAAAUG